AUGCCACCGAUCAAACCUUUUUACUUAUUUUCCACCAUAGCCGGUCUUGGCUUCGUUGCGCAAUGGAUCCUAAUGAUGCUGAAUGGCUCGCUUUUUGCUAUGAUCUUGGCCUCUUGGAAGAGCACAUUCCCAGACGGCGCGCCGCUCAAGUCAUGGACGGGGCUCUGGCCGAUUGACCUACCUCUCGGCAUACUUGUUGUAUUCUUUGGCGGCCUUCUUGAUUCGACUGACCUGCUUAACCACGAGCCAUUUCUUCUCCUCGCUGAUCUCAUCUUUUCCCUUGCUGUCUGCGGUACGAUGACCUUGGUUGAGGACCGACGGAAUAGGAAGACAGGUCCUUUGAGAUACCCGGCAUUUUGGCAGAUCAUGUGGAACUUCUUUGGUGCGGCUUCUAUCAUGCCUACAUUCUCUCGCCAUUACGUCACGAACAGAUCUACCAACAGCCCGAGUCUACCUCGCGACCAGGCCCAGGCCUUACCCUUCACGGCGCUUUGGACUUUGGUUCUGUCUGUCACCCUCUUCGCCCCGGCAUUGCUUGGUGCCGAGCCCUUCCGCAUCCAAGAUAGCGUGAUAGCCUGGUUCCUUGCGCCUUUAGCGGUUGGACCCUUCCAAGAUCUCGUUGGCACUCUCAUAUCGCGCAGCGGCUCUUUAUAUAAAGGGUUUGCGAGCCCAGUUUCUGUUGCCUAUUCUAUCGUCGGCGCAGUCAGCGCGAUCAUUCAUAUCAGCGUUCUUACGCGGGUAUUCCAGAACGCGGACCUCAGCUGGAGCAGGGUCUAUUGGCCAAGCCCUAGCGCUGUCCAGCCUGGACCGACUCUUAUUCACGAAUCUGCUUUACUGUUUAUUCAAUUCGGUCACUUGUCCGUCUCGCUGUCUAUAUUAGCUAUCGGUUUCUACACGAUCGUCUUAAAAAAUUCUGCAGUCUCUCGACCAUCUACGGAGAGAUCAUCGACCAGUAUCACUGCAUUGAAACUUUUGGCUGUGGAAGGGCUUCUUGGCCCUGGUGCCGCUUUGGCUUGGAUAAUGUCUACGAGAGAACAACACAGUGAUGACACUUUGACUAAGAAAAAAUGA